CCUCACCUUUUGAUGAGAAGAGAAGGAAAGAAUGGACUACAGCCACCAAACGUCUCUUGUCCCUUGCGGACAAGAUAAAUACAUUUCCAAGAAUGAGCUUCUCCUGCACCUGAAGACCUACAACUUGUACUAUGAAGGCCAGAAUUUGCAGCUGCGACACCGUGAGGAGGAAGAUGAGUUCAUCGUGGAGGGGCUGCUGAACAUCUCCUGGGGACUGCGCCGGCCCAUCCGUCUCCAGAUGCAGGAUGACAAUGAGCGCAUCCGUCCCCCACCCUCCUCCUCUUCCUGGCACUCCGGCUGUAACUUGGGGGCACAGGGCACCAUCCUGAAGCCCCUCAACAUGCCCAGUAUCCAGAUCUCAGAUGUAGAUGCACCUCCAGAGAGUGACCAGAUGCCUAGCCCCACAGAAACCAGGGGCCUGAAGCCCCUGCAGGAAGACACCCCGCAGCUAAUGCGUACCCGGAGUGAUGUGGGGGUGCGUCGCCGCGGCAACGUGAGGACACCUAGUGACCAGCGCCGAAUCAGACGCCACCGCUUCUCCAUCAAUGGCCAUUUCUACAAUCAUAAGACAUCAGUGUUCACACCGGCCUAUGGUUCCGUCACCAAUGUCCGCAUCAAUAGCACCAUGACUACCCCGCAGGUCCUCAAGCUGCUGCUUAACAAAUUUAAGAUAGAGAAUUCACCAGAGGAGUUUGCUUUGUACGUUGUCCAUACCAGCGGUGAGAAACAGAAACUGAAGGGCACCGACUAUCCGCUGAUUGCCCGAAUCCUCCAGGGACCCUGUGAGCAGGUCUCCAAAGUGUUCCUCAUGGAGAAGGACCAGGUGGAGGAGGUCACCUAUGACGUUUUCUUGAAGCAGUACACUGUGCUCCGGCUAAUGAUUCGUCAGAGGCUAGAAGAGAUAGCCGAGACCCCAGAAACCAUAUAA